CCCCAAAAGGGAAUAAGCGGUAGGAAAAUGGAUGGAUGGAUGUAACAAAGUGUGAAUAAUUGGAAGAAUACAAAAAUAUAUUAAGGUCUUUAAUUGAUUGAUUUUAACUAUUAUUAGUAGUUUGCACAGUACAGUACAUAUUUCGUACAAUUGACCACUAAAUGGUAACACGUACAGUUUUUCAACUUGUUUUAAGUCGGGGUCCACGUUAAUCAAUUCAAAAAUGGUCUACAUAUAAAGAUAAUGAAACCAUGGUUAAAAAAAAAAAUCCCGUAUAUUCCAUACAAUUAUUUGACUAAACUUAAGUUAAUAGUACAAAAUAAGUAACCAAAAACAUUUUGUGCCUUUCGUUUCCAUCAUAUGACAUCCCUUCCCGCGUCCAAUGAUUUAUUCCCUGAGUUUGUAAGCAAUGUAUUAUAAGAAUAUAUCAAUAUAACAAAUAUAUUUGUAAAAAUAAUAAAAAUACAUACAGUAUAACGAUCACGCCGUUACACAACGACCUGGUAUCUAUACUGUCGACAUUUGGAUCGGUCCGCCUGCCCUGCCCCUUCACUGCACUUUGGACGCCCAUAUACUUGUGUGUAAACUUUAGCCUGCUGCUUUUCAAAAUGAGGAAAAGAAAUGUUAACACGGGUCCGUCAUCUUUCGCUCAGACAACCUCCAAAGAUCAGAGGAAGAACGAGAAUAAGCCCUGCUGGAGAAAAAGGGGUUUAUUUGCUCUCUUUGUCUUCCUCCUUUUAAUGCCUUUCACGCUGAUCAUGGCCAGGGAAUUGUUGCAGAAUCUUGUUUACACUCAUAGAAUGAGGGUUCCCUUCUUUGCUGACCUUGGCCAACCUUCUGACUUCUCCCUAAAUCACACCAUCAACAUGUACUUAACAUCAGAAGAAGGAAUCUCUCUUGGUGUUUGGCAUACGGUGCCUGCAAGUCAAUGGAGGCAGGCACAAGGGAAAGGAAUGGCAUGGUACCAAAGCACCAUCAGUGAUGGGAGUCCAGUUAUCAUUUACCUACAUGGGAACACAGGCACAAGGGGAGCUUCUCAUCGGGUGGGCAUUGCGAAAGUAUUGAGUGCACUUGGUUACCAUGUGACACAGCCUGACUACAGAGGAUUUGGAGACUCAAGCGGUGAGCCGACUGAAAUUGGACUCACUACAGAUGCCGUCCACGUUUACAAGUGGGUCAAAAAAUACAGUGGAAGCAGCCCGGUCGUCCUCUGGGGCCAUUCUCUUGGCACUGGGGUGGCCACAAACAUGGCUGUCAAACUGCUAGAGCAAGGUAUUGUUUUGGACGGCGUGAUCCUCGAAGGCUCCUUUAAUAUCGCUGCAAAAAAACUAACAAGUCAUUUAUUUUCCUGGUAUUACUGGACAUUUCCUGGCUUGGGAUUUUUUUUCCCAGAGCCAUGGGCUGAAAAUAAGGUUGUCUUUCCCAGUGAGGAAAAUUUAAGAAGAAUGCAAAGCCCACUUCUCUUCCUUCAUGCAGAGGAUGAUAUCAUUGUUCCCAUUGACGAUGCUCAGCAGCUAUUCAAGGUAGCAGUGAGUGCCCAGAAUACUGAGCGAGUCAAGUUUGUUCCUUUUGAAGCUUCGUUGGGGUACCUGCAUAACGGAUUAUACAAAGACCCCCGUCUGCCUGACAUAAUAGGGAAGUUCAUGUUAUCUUUGUAAAGUUGCGGGUAUGAGUCCAGCAGAAGUCCAUUACACUUAUAUGAUUAUUAAGGAUUCCGUUGAUUGUGUAAAAUCAAUUGUCGAUUGAACAUGUAUUUAGGAGAUUUAUGUAGAAUGUAGUGUAUUACGUGCCUCCGCUUAGCAGAGGCACUGUUGCUUCAGUCUUUUUUUGGUCUGUCCAUCCAUUUUCUGGACCGCUUAUCCUUCUUUAGAGUCACGGGAGGGCUGGAGCCUAUCCCAGCUGACUUUGGGUAACAGGUGAGAUACACGUUGUUGCUCUUUAGUCAGGGUUUUUAUACCGUAGACCAGCUGUCUGCAACCUGCAGCUUUGGAGCCACGUGUGGCUCUUCUUCCUCCUUGUUGUGGCUCCCUCAAUUUUUUUUUUUAAUCCCCGGGGAGAGAAAAGUUUGCAUUUUUUAAAUUUCCGGCUGUCUACAAGGCUGUCAAUGCCCAAAAGCUGAGUUUUGUGGCCUAAGGAAGGCGAGUAAAAGAGACUGGCAGACUGUGUAUUCAGUUCAGCUUUUCGAGUGUGCAACAACUUGGCUAAGCUAACCAUGAAUACUUGCCAAAAAAGAAAAGAGAAAAGGAAAAAUAGUUCAAUUUUACAUGAACAUAUUACUUAUAAGGUAAAGUGCAUUUAUUAAUAUUUAUUUACACAUUUAUUUAAAGCAUGUAUUAUAAAUUCCUGUAAAGUAAAGAAUAAAAAAGAUGAAAACUUUUAAAAGUUUAUAAGCUGUGUUCAGUUUUGCAGCUCUAUACUAUUUUUUUUUUUUUUUAAAGGAAGAGGCGGCCAAAUGUCUCUUUUGAUAGUAAUGGUUGCUGUAGAUAAACAACCAUUCACAUUCCCAGUAUCAGGCAGACAGGUAAUAACAAUGAGUUUAUAUCCGAAGUUUCCUCAAAAAAACAGAAUAACAACUUAAAGCCCUGUCCACUGUUAACUAAUGUUGGUCAUCUUUAAUUAAGGGAAAGAAGCCAUACCUGUGAACAUUAGCAUUUCAUCCAUCCAUCCAUUUUCUACCGCUUAUUCCCUUUUGGGGUCGCGGGGGGCGCAGGCGCCUAUCUCAGCUACAAUCGGGCGGAAGGCGGUGUACACCCUGGACAAGUCGCCACCUCAUCGCAGGGCCAACACAGAUAGACAGACAACAUUCACACUCACAUUCACACACUAGGGCCAAUUUAGUGUUGCCAAUCAACCUAUCCCCAGGUGCAUGUCUUUGGAGGUGGGAGGAAGCCGGAGUACCCGGAGGGAACCCACGCAUUCACGGGGAGAACAUGCAAACUCCACACAGAAAGAUCCCGAGCCUGGAUUUGAACCCAGGACUGCAGGAACUUCUUAUUGUGAGGCAGACGCACUAACCCCUCUUCCACCGUGAAGCCAGCAUUUGCAUUUCAAUAUAUGUAAAAUUUCCCAGUAAAAUGGGCACAAUAAAUAGUUUUCAUUUUCAUCACAAAUUGCAGUUAAAUCAGUAAAAAUAGAAAACCCUAUGACAUGCUCAUUCUGGGCUUGAACCUACGUUCCUUUUUUACCAAUGGUAAGCUCAUAACCAGUCAGUUUUGCUGUUUUAUCUAUUGGACAAGCUCACUGGUUUGGUUUCGGUAAAAAUCCUAAUUACUGAGAUGAAACGUGGGUCUUGAAUUGAGCUACAACAGUCUGAUGAGAUAUUUCGUGGUAUAUUUAUGUAAUACAGCUUAUAUUCAUAGUGAAGAAAUAAAUUUGUCUACUCAUACAUUUUUAUUAUUCUAAUUGAUCAUUUGAGUUUGUACUUCUUACUAUAUUAUCUGAAAACAUGCUGUGAUUCUUAUAAUAAAAUUGUUAUGAAUGAUUUUCACAA